GGGGAACCGAAGGAGGACGGCGAGGUCAUUGUGAACCUGGAUGAGAUUUUGGAGGAUCGGAGCACAACCUCGUCCUCGUGUUUUAGCUCUUCGGAGACGUGUAUGGAGGAUCAUUGUCUUCAAAAUGGGGCUAGACAGAAGUGUAAGAUGAAAAAGGAUAUAGCUUCUGCAGGGACUAUUUCGACCUUGCUGGGAAAAGACUAUGUGAUGUCUGUUCCUAAGAAGAUUUCAUCCAGAAUGAAGGGUUCUAAUGGUGAUUUUUUUAGUAAGGAAGAUGCUGAACAAUUCCUGUGCUCAAUGUUUGGUGAACACUGUGAUUUGAGCUUCUCUGCUCUCAGAGACGUAUUAUGUAAGUGUGGAUAUGAUGUAAAUAAGCAUCCUCAUGCGAUCAAUCGGAAAAGAGUAGCUGCAGCAUAGAGGCACAAGCACCAUUGCUUAGCAAAACAAGUGAAAAUCUCACUGAAAACGCUUGCGGUACUGCUUCUCCUUCAUCUGAAGGAGAAUUUCAGGACCUCAUACCAAAUACAAUGAACUCUUGCUGGAAUAAGUUUAAAUUUAGUCCUGAUACUAAUUGGAGUUCUUCACCAACACCAAAAAAAUUGGAUUCACAACUCACAAAGGAAGUUUUAAAAUCGUUGUUUAAUAUGCCUACCCCCAAGAAUGCUGAACGUGAACCAAAUACACUGAACUGGAAGAAUGUAGUAACUAAAAUGGCAUCGUUCAGACCAAAACACGAGCCCUUCCCUGCCAAGAUUGUAACAGAUCAUUAUGACCAUGCUAAGGGAGAUGACUACCAGGUGUUCAGAGAAGCUUCAAAGCAGCAUUGGGAAUCUAUGAAGCAAUGCUAUCAGAAGGCUGCCUCAGCUUCUACCAAUGGCAAACAUCAAUAUGCUGCUUAUCUCUUCGAGCAGGGUAGCACGCACAAUACAAAGGCCCAGGAAGCUGACAAACAAGCCAGCCUAGAUGUUUUUGAAGCCAGAAAUAAGAGCAUAGAAAACAUGAUCACUAUUGACCUGCAUGGGCAGCAUGUCAGACAAGCCAUGGAAUAUUUGAAACUUCACCUGCUGUUUGGGGCCUACGUACGCUCUGUUAGAUCAUUUAGGGUUAUCACGGGAUGUGGGAGCCGUGGUGUUGGGAAGUCUAAACUGAAAAACUCCGUAAUUAAUCUAUUGGAAAAAGAAGGUAUUGAAUGGGGCGAGGAAAACCGGGGAGCACUGUUCGUCAAACUUCAUGGUGAAACAAACUUCAGCUUCAUAGAUUCUGACAGCGAUACCGACUGAUUAUUGUCAAUCUUUUCAAUGGGUAGAGCAUCGACAGGACGGUUGAGGUGUUGUGGGAUCUUGAGGUCACGGGUUCGAAUCCUCGAAGCAGCUUUUUGCAAAAAAACCAAGGAGUCGACGUUGAAUGUGACGUUAUUAUUGGAUACGCCCUCCCCAAUCAUCAUCCUCCAUUCAUUCGUUCGUUCUUUUCCUCCCGUAUUAUCUCAUCUGCCGCCGCCGGAAGACAAUACCAUGUCCGGAAGCGGCGUCGUAACGGUCUAUGGAAACGGAGCCAUCGCCGAGGCGCCCACCAAGCAGUCCCCCUUCUCCGUCAAGGUGGGCCUUGCCCAGAUGCUCCGCGGCGGCGUUAUCAUGGACGUCGUCACGCCCGAGCAGGCCCGCAUCGCCGAGGAAGCCGGCGCUUGCGCCGUCAUGGCCCUCGAACGCGUCCCCGCCGACAUCCGCGCCCAGGGCGGCGUGGCCCGCAUGUCCGACCCCCAGAUGAUCAAGGAAAUCAAGCAGGCCGUCACGAUUCCGGUCAUGGCCAAGGCCCGGAUCGGGCAUUUCGUCGAGGCCCAGAUCCUGGAAGCCCUCGGGAUCGAUUACGUCGACGAGUCGGAGGUCCUCACCCCGGCCGACGACGCGAACCACAUCAACAAGCACAAUUUCAAAAUCCCCUUCGUCUGCGGCUGCCGGAACCUCGGCGAAGCCCUGAGGCGCAUCCGCGAGGGCGCCGCGAUGAUCCGGACAAAGGGCGAGGCCGGGACCGGGAACGUCAUCGAGGCGGUCCGCCACGUGCGCUCCGUCAUGGGCGACAUCAGACUCCUCCGGAACAUGGACGACGACGAGGUCUUCGCCUUCGCGAAGCAGAUCCAGGCGCCCUACGACCUCGUGAUGCAGACCAAGCAACUGGGCAGGCUCCCGGUGGUCCAAUUCGCCGCCGGAGGGGUGGCAACGCCGGCGGACGCGGCCCUGAUGAUGCAGCUGGGAUGCGACGGCGUGUUCGUGGGGUCCGGGAUAUUCAAGAGCGGGGAUCCGGCGAGGAGGGCCCGCGCAAUCGUGCAGGCAGUGACCCACUACAGCGACCCGGAAGCGCUGGCGGAGGUGAGCUGCGGGCUGGGAGAGCCCAUGGUCGGGAUCAAUCUCAACGAUCCCAAGGUCGAGAGGUACGCCAAUCGUUCCCAAUAAUACCCAAAAAAAAACUUUUGAUGUUUCAGAAGAUUGAUGGUUUCAUUAGACUGGUUUCAUAUGAAUCUCUGACUCACUCACUCUGGUUUUAGCUUACAAAUGGUCUGUGAUUGAUUGUUUUUUAUUAGAAGACAACUAUUAGUGGCUUUGGUUUUUUGCAUUUUUUUGAUUGUGAAGGUGGCUAGAAUCAAGUCCAACAACAACAAAUUAAACCUAGAUAUUUGGACAAGGGAUAUUUGAGAUCCAAAAAUUAACAAAAACACUCCAUAAGU